AUGAAUUUAUCUUAUUAAAUUGUAAUAAACCUUGACAGCUUGUACUAAUGAGAAAAGUUAUAGUCUGAACUUAUCAUAUAUUAAACUUGAGAUUUUAUCUUAUUUUACUUAGGGAUAUUUUUUAGAAAAAAAAUGAUAAAACCAAACUCCUACUUUCUCAUUUUAAAAAUAAAAAUAAAUACUAUCAGUAUUUUAUUAAAAGAAAAAAAUUAUUAGAUACCUAAAACCUUUCUCCCCAAUAUAUAUUACCCUCCCCCUCCAUCUUCUCUACUCUUUUAUUCUUACUUUGUUUUUUAAACUUUCUUAACGCAACAAACACAUAGCCACAUCUUCUCUUUCUCUUCCCAUGGCAUUCUGACUCAUACCCAAAUCAUUGAUUGUUUGUCUAUCGAAUCGGUGAGAAAAUGGCAGUGGAGCUGAUGGGGUUCCCCCAAAUGGGCGAACAGAAGGCAAUUGAAGAAGCAGCCGCCGAAGGCCUCAAGGGCAUGGAACACCUCCUCCGUCUCCUCUCCCAUCAACCUUCCCACCUCCGCACUCACCACACCGACGCCACCGUUUCCAACUUCAAAAAACUCAUCUCCCUUCUCAACCGCCGCACCGGCCAUGCCCGUUUCCGCCGCGCACCCCUCCCUUCCACUUCCAACUCUCUCGCCCCAUCCCCUCCACCGGCUAACCCGGUCACCUUCGCCCCUUCGCAGUCACAGAGUCUAACCCUCGAUUUCUCAAAACCUAACAUGUUCAACACCACCAACGCCAAAUCCAUGGACCUCGAGUUCUCUAAAGAAACCUUCAGCGUCUCCUCCAACUCCUCCUUCAUGUCCUCCGCUAUCACCGGCGACGGUAGCGUCUCCAAUGGCAAACUAGGAUCCUCCCUCUUCCUCACUCCUCCGCCAGUCUCCGCCGGAAAACCUCCUCUCUCGUUUGCUCCGAUCAAGAAGAGGUGCCACGACCACCGCGAGCACUCCGACGACAUCUCCGGGAAACUCUCCGGCUCCAGCAAGUGCCACUGCAUCAAGAGAAGGAAGAAUCGUGUGAAGAAAACGGUUAGAGUUCCGGCGAUUAGUUCGAAGGUCGCCGAUAUUCCGCCGGAUGAGUACUCGUGGAGGAAGUACGGACAGAAGCCGAUCAAGGGAUCACCGUACCCGAGGGGGUAUUACAAGUGCAGUACCGUGAGAGGGUGCCCGGCGAGGAAACACGUGGAGCGUGCUUCGGACGAUCCGACGAUGUUGAUUGUAACGUACGAGGGGGAGCACCGACACUCGAUUCAGACCGCGAUGCAGGAGAACAUUUCCGGGGGAGUGGGUUUGGUAUUCGAGUCAACGUGAGUGUGGAAUUAAAGAAAGGGGAACUGUUGGGGGGCUUUUUUUUUGUAGUAGGAAAAAAAAAAGAGGUGAAUAGGAAAAUUGAAUUAAGGUGGUGGUUGCAAUGUAAAUCUGACCUUAUUGAAAGAAAAUAUUAUUGUGCUGUUAUUAUAUUAUUACAGGGUAUCUUAAUCUUCUCCCACAAAAGUCUUCUUA